AUGGCACUUAAGCUCAAGUUGAAGGUCCCAGCAGCUGCUGAACAGGAUGCACCACCACCACCCCGGAUUCCGAAAUUAAAGAUUAAAGCGCCCUCUGUGGUACCCUCUGUGGUACCCUCUGUGGUACCCUCUGUGGUACCCUUAAAGCGAGAGGGGGAGAGUCAACUUCACACGGUUGAAAAGAAACCCAAAAAGUUGAAAUUGAGUUUAUCAAAGAAGAAACAAGUUUCAAAAGAGUCGUCUAGACCGAAAUUUGUUCCGCGGGUUCGGAUAAAGCCAACGAGGGUUCCUGGAGAAGGGUACGAUUCAGAAGCACCGGAUGUGGAAGACGAUCCUCUUGUGGAGCAAGGUAUAAUCAUUCGAUUCCUUGACGAUUCGAAUCUCGACUUUGUACAUAAUGCAAUAGACUCGGGUGAUUUAACAGGGCUUAAUGUGAAAUGGAUAACAAAGGAAAAAGCUGUGGUUAAUGUUAAUGGUACUUUGUACUCGGCGCGGCUAAUUGAUCUACCCACGGUGACUGAAAUAUACAAGACUAUAGAUAAGAAGAAUAUAUUCAAAAACUUUGACGUUUGUCAGAUCCUACUUGUUUUGCAUAAAAUAAAUCCGGCACAAUUGAACUCGGAGAAGGAUUUUGAAGUUCCCGAGGAAUUGCUUUUUAAUCAUCCAUUCUACAAGUACAUUAAGAAUAACGAGAUAAAAAAGAGGCGACUUGUUCAUAGGGAUGGACUACUCAAUCCCUUGAAGGAUGUCUAUAGGCGGUUCAGACCUACUUUAGCCGAUCAUCGUGUGAUUCAAGACAUUGAGACUCGAGUAGAUCAGUUGAUCAAAUUGGACAAUGAGGCUGAGGAGAGCCAUUUUGAGCUUUUGAACGAGUCUUGUCAAUUGAGAUUCGGCCAGAAUAGUGGUACUUCAUCUGCUGCAACUACUCCGGCGCCAACUCCUCGCCCAAGGAAACAAGAGCUGGAUAGAAUGCAUGAAGAGAGUAGUGUUGUUGUUGCUGACGAUAAAGGAGAAGACUUUGAGCUUAAUUUUGAGGAAGAAUUAAUUAAAGCGUUGGAUGACGAAGGAGAAGAAAAAUCAACAGAGCAGAUGAUUGAGACUCCUGCACUGGCGGCUAAUAAGCUUCAAGAAGAGGGUGAAGUGGGAGAUGAGGAAGAGGAAGGUGAGGUGGGAGAUGAGGAAGAGGAAGGUGAAGUGGGAGAUGAGGAAGAGGAAGGUGAAGUGGGAGAUGAGGAGUUGUUUGGUGUUAUGGAUGAUGAUGACGAUGAUGAUGAGCAAGAGGAGGAGGAGGAAGAAGAAGAAGAAGAAGAAGAAGAGGAUGAUGAUGAUGACGAGGAAGAGGAUGAUGAGGAAGGAGGUGAUGGAAAUGGUGGAGAUGGCGAAGGCGGAAGAGCCCUACUGCAUGUCAAAUUGUUGGAAGAAGAAAUAGCUGAACUUGAAAAGGCCGUUGAGAACCAUAGAAAAAACCUCUUCUCAGCUACAAACAAAAUGAUGAAGAUGAAAUACCAAAAUACUUUUUCCUCCUUAAAGGCAUCUUUGGAUCAAAAGAAGAGAGACUUAUCAAAGGCAUUAGAGGAGUGUGAUGGUCACCUGAAAAAUUCAGGUAUUGAAAGAGAUGGCGAAAAGGACAAUGGAAACGAUGAAGUAAAUGUCAAAGAAGGAGAAGGAGAAGGAGAAGGAGAUGCAGAAGGAGAUGCAGAAGGAGAUGCAGAAGGAGAAGGAGAAGGAGACGAUGAAGAAAACUCCGAUGUAGAUGAUCUCUUUUAA